CCUCAAUCAAUCCACCGCUCUUCUGUCUCACCAUAAUACUUGAUUUGGCGUAACUCUGGAACGGUAGCUGGAAAUACUGCAACAUUUUAAAUACAUAUAUGUGUGUGUAUAUACAUAUAUGUAUAUAUUUUCUUUUUCUCUUGUUUUCAAAGUAGCUACUGAGAAAAAAAUACUUGUGGGUGGGUGUUAGAUCUUCUCGGAAACUUGGCUUCUAUGUAUUUUACAUAAAUUAGACAGAGCUUGUUUUGAUUGUCUUUUUCUGGGCGGAUUUAGUAGGUGUGAUACUGAAAUCCGGAUUUCUUAAACUCUGCACGUACUCUGGGUUAUAUAUAAACAUAUGAAUAAUAAUAAUAAUAAUAAUAAUCGUGGGGAGUAUAUGGAAGAUGAAGAAAUUGGAGUGAACGAUUACAGUGGAGAUUUGGAAUAUGUGAAGGAAACGGCAUGCAGUUCUCAACCAUUUUUGGUGAAACGAACCAACACCACUUCCCAGAUUGCCAUUGUUGGUUCAAAGCUUUAUCCCAUACAGAGCCUAGAUUACGAGGUUGCAGAAAAUGAAGUUUUCAAGGAGGACUGGAGGUCGAGGAAGAAGACUGAAAUCUUUGAGUACGUUGUGCUCAAAUGGGCUUUGGCGCUUCUCGUCGGAAUCGGCACCGGAUUAGUUGGGUGUUUCAAUAACAUCGCUGUUGAGAACAUCGCCGGCUUCAAAUUGCUUCUCGCCACCAAUCUCGUGGCUAAUCACAAAUAUUUCAAGGCAUUUGUAGCACUAGCAGGAUGUAACGUUGCAUUAGCAGCUGCUGCUGCGGCUCUCUGUGCUUUCUUGGCUCCAGCGGCUGCAGGCUCUGGUAUUCCUGAAGUCAAAGCUUAUCUCAAUGGCGUUGAUGCUCAUUCUAUUCUGGCUCCAUCCACUCUGUUUGUCAAGAUAUUUGGUUCAAUUCUGGGUGUCUCGGCUGGAUUUGUAGUGGGUAAAGAAGGGCCUAUGGUUCAUACUGGUGCUUGCAUUGCUUCCUUGCUUGGACAGGGAGGAUCCCGCAAGUACCAUCUAACAUGGAAAUGGCUCAGAUUCUUCAAAAAUGACCGUGAUCGCCGAGACUUGAUCACCUGUGGAGCGGCUGCCGGUGUAGCUGCAGCUUUUCGUGCUCCUGUAGGUGGUGUACUCUUUGCCCUUGAAGAAGCAGCGUCAUGGUGGCGAAGUGCUCUUUUGUGGAGAACAUUUUUCACAACAGCAGUAGUUGCUAUGGUUUUAAGAGCCUUCAUACAAUUCUGCACCACUGGAAAAUGUGGACUGUUUGGUGAAGGUGGUCUCAUAAUGUAUGAUAUCAGUUCAGCCAGGGCUUCAUAUGGCAGUGGAGAUGUGUUGGCAAUCAUACUUCUGGGUAUAAUUGGAGGCCUCUUUGGAAGCCUAUAUAACUAUCUCGUCGACAAGGUCCUUCGUACCUAUACCAUUAUUAACGAAAGAGGUGCUGCUUUCAAAAUUCUACUGGUUAUCACCAUUUCUGUGUUGACGUCAUGUUGUUCUUAUGGGCUGCCAUGGUUUGCCAACUGCAUUCCUUGUCCUUCUGAUAUUACAAGUGAUAUCAGAUGUCCUAACAUCGAUCGAUCUGGCAACUACAAAAGCUUCCAGUGCCCACCAGGACAUUACAAUGAUCUUGCUUCUCUGUUUCUCAACACUAAUGAUGACGCUAUUCGCAAUCUCAUCAACACCAAAGAUGACACAGAGUUUAAUAUUUCCUCUCUGCUCAUCUUCUUUGCUGCUGUUUAUUGUCUUGGCAUAAUCACAUAUGGGAUUGCUAUCCCUUCGGGCCUCUUCAUUCCUGUGAUAUUAGCAGGAGCUGGCUAUGGUCGUGUGAUUGGAAGGCUGUUCGAACCAAUCUCCAAACUCAACACUGCUCUCUUUUCCCUCCUUGGAGCUGCAUCUUUUCUUGGAGGCACAAUGAGAAUGACAGUCUCUCUCUGUGUUAUACUACUAGAACUCACCAAUGAUCUACUAUUUCUACCUCUUGUGAUGCUAGUUCUACUCAUAUCAAAAACUGUUGCAGAUAACUUCAACAAGGGUGUGUAUGAUCAGAUUGUGAAAAUGAAGGGAUUGCCUUACAUGGAAUCUCACGCAGAACCUUACAUGAGACAUUUAGUUGCAGGAGAUGUUGUUUCUGCUCCACUUGUCACAUUUUCUGGAAUUGAGAAAGUGGGUAAUAUUUUACAUGCUAAAACUACAGGCCAUAAUGGAUUUCCUGUGAUAGAUGAACCACCUUUCUCAGAUGCACGUGAAUUGUGUGGACUUGUUCUUAGAUCCCACUUACUUGUUUUGCUGAAAGGAAAGAUUUUCUCAAGAGAUAGAGUACCUGCUGGACAGGAGAUCUUGAAGAGAUUUGCAGCGUUUGAUUUUGCAAAGGCAGGUUUAGGGAAAGGAAUCAAAGUAGAGGAUUUAGAUAUUGAAGAUGAAGAGAGAGAAAUGUAUAUAGAUCUCCAUCCUAUAACUAAUGUAUCUCCAUAUACUGUUGUUGAAACAAUGUCAUUGGCAAAAGCUGCAAUCCUUUUUCGCCAACUCGGUCUCAGACAUAUGUGUGUGGUGCCAAAAAGUCAAGGGAGGUCUCCAAUAGUUGGCAUUUUGACAAGACACGAUUUCAUGCCAGAGCACAUUUUGGGACUCUAUCCUCAUAUGAUGCCUCACAAGUAGAAUUCUUUUUUGUUUGGGAAUUGUUUUGUGUGUCAUUGCUUGAAACCAUCGUUUCGAGAGAAGCCAUGGAAGGAAUGGAUCUCCAAUCCGUGGAAUAUGUUGAACAGUAGUAAAGACUAGAGUUUUUUUUACUAGCAAUAUAUAUAUAUAUAUAUAUAUAUAUGUAGAGGGGUGCUUGGGAUUUCAAAAGUUUAUUUAUCUUAUUGUGCUUUAAUAAAAUUUGGAUUGUUUUGC